GAACUGGGACAAUCCGAGUAGCAUAAUUUCCACUUCACAGAUUCGGGGAAUGCAGCAUUAUUUUUCCCAUCCCAAAUUGCGUUGACUGGUUGUUUCAAUAGAUGUCACUAUUCUCUAAACUGGUAGCGCGAAGUGUCGAAGAAGAAAACAGAAUUUCCGGAAUGUAAUGUUUACGACUGGCAGAGCAGGAGAGAUGACAUUUUAGAGUGACAACCCCGAAUCUACCGAAUGAGAUGUUACCUGAGCUGGGAUUUCCCGAGGGCCAUCGGUGAUCCCAUCAUCUACAUCAACUGCUGAAAGUCUUGUUGUAGACCAUGAAGAAGAAAAGUAGAUCCCUAAAGUCAUUCGAGCUAUCACAGCAUUCCAGGAGAGCCUGUGAGGGAAAGAGACCAUGUGGAAGUAGAAGAAAAACUCAGAGAAUUAGUCAUGUGACUGCGGUAACAUCUGACCUGCGUCAUAGAGAUGACACAACAGAUUCUACCUACACUUUGACUGACAAGCACAAGCAUUCAGAUGACAAGGCAAAAUCCUCCAGAAUAUCCACUGACAUCUGCAGAUUGUGCCAUGGCAAGUUUUCUCCACGGAGUCUACUGCCUGCCUUCAACAAAUGGCCUCAGGAUUUUCCUGAUAUUGUUAAUGACGAAACAUAUGCUGUUGAGGCAUCACCACCUGUAUUCCAUGUUGACUUUCAGCAACUGGUUGGAGUGCAGUUGGACCCUGACCCUCGAUUAUCGGAAUUUGUUUGCAAGAAAUGUCACAGCGAGUUCUAUAAGUGCCACAAUAUUUUGGUCAGGUUUUUGCAGAUGGUUAAUCACCUGCCUCUUGGGAAAGACAAUUCUAACAGGCACUAUCCAAUGUUUUCGGACUCAUUGAUAAACGAUGGGUCAACAACUUCACAAACACUUUCCUCAGACACUGCGUGCCUUCACAACCUUGUGUCAUGGGCUCAUCAUCACGGAGAGGCUUGCAAAUCUUGCCCUGAUCUGAAGGAGGUUCUUGAGGGGCAGUGCUGGGGCUCGGUCAAAGCAGUGUGGUGUUGUGUUGCUGGGCACAGCUACACUAUAGACACACAGAGCACUACCUCUGCCAGGUUUGGUCAUGUGCUCAACUCAGGAGAGAGUGGAAAUGGUGCCAGAAAUAUUUCAGGGGAGGUAGACUGUGACGGAAGGAGCACUGCAGUUACAGCAAUCUGUAAGCAGACUAAACCAGGAGUCACUCCGCUGAUUCAAAGUUCAGCACUGGCUGACUGGACCUGCAGCACUCAAGAAUUUGCAGAGCCUGAGGAUGCAGUUUCUCCAGCUGAAGAGCAGCAAGAUGACAAGCAGGCAGAUUGUGAUCUGUUUCACAGAGCGACUGGGCCCAAAAAGCAACGACACAUUCCAAAUACCUCAGAAGAACGUAAAAUAAAAAAGAAGCCUGGACCUAAACCUGGCUGGAAGAGAAAGUUCAAGCCUAAAGGAUCGGGAUCCAAAUCGCUCUCCAAUUCAUCGUCUUCGCCGUCGUCAUUACGAGACGAUUCCAGCGAAUCGCUGACGUGUGCCCAGCAUCGGCCAUGCGAAGCAAUGCGGCCUCUUUGCCGUCAUCGCUGGAAGUCGCCAGGGAGGCGAUUUGUGGGUGAUGUGCGCCACGGGAGGCACAAAAUGCUCUGCCAAGCAGCAAUGGUCCCUGGCGUGGAGCAUGUUCAUCUUCAUCAGAUAAACUCGAAACUCGGCGUGAGCUAUGCGCGCCAUGUUUGCGCAGGCUGACGUUCGUUUGACGAGUGCUGCUUUCGAUUACGUGACCGAAGCGUCAUCUUCUCUUCCACACAAACAACUUUGAACAACUUUCGUCCCAUAUCAAACCUUCCGUUCAUCUCCAAACUUCUAGAGAAAACAGUAGCUGCUCAACUUCACACCCAUCUUUCCUCCAAUAAGCUCUACGAACCAUUUCAAUCUGGCUUCCGUCCCCUCCAUAGUACCGAAACUGCCCUCCUCAAAAUAUGCAAUGACCUUCUUCUCUCUGCUGACUCCGGUUCACUCGCCAUCCUCCUCCUGCUUGACCUCAGUGCAGCCUUUGACACCAUCUCUCACUCCAUCCUCCUCGACAGACUGUCCUCCAUUGGCAUCACCAGCAUCCCCCUCUCCUGGUUCCGCUCCUAUCUUUCUGACCGCACCCAGUUUAUCCAGCUCAAACGUUUUAGAUCUCACCCCUUUCCCCUCACUUCAGGUGUUCCUCAGGGUUCUGUCCUUGGCCCAUUGCUAUUUCUAAUCUAUCUUCUUCCCCUUGGUAAUAUCUUCAGGAAACAUCACAUUCAUUUUCAUUGCUACGCGGAUGACACCCAGCUCUACAUCUCUACCAAACCUAAUACCAUACUUCCACCAUCCUCCCUAACCAACUGCCUGCAGGAAUUAAAAUCUUGGUUCACCUCAAAUUUCCUCAAACUCAAUAGCAAUAAAACUGAAUUCCUCCUUAUUGGCACUAAAUCCAAUCUAAACAAAAUAAACAACUUCUCCAUUCCCUUCGAAAGCUCUUCCAUCUCCCCCUCCCCUCAGGUCAAGAGUCUGGGUGUCAUCCUUGAUAGCACCCUCUCCUUCACCUCACAUAUCAACCACAUCACUCGUUCUGCAUAUUAUCAUCUUCGAAACAUCCACCGGCUCCGCUCUUCUCUCACUCCUCAGUCCACUGCUAUACUUGUACACACCCUCGUCACCUCGCUACUCGAUUACUGUAAUUCCCUUCUGUUUGGUCUCCCUCAAAAAACCCUCCAUAAGCUUCAGCUGGUCCAAAAUUCAUCCGCCCGCAUUAUCACACUCACGCCAUACAUAAACCAUAUUACACCUGUCCUUCAACAUCUCCACUGGCUCCCCAUUUUACACGGCAUUCAAUAUAAAAUCCUGCUCCUCACAUUCAAAUCCAUUCAUGACCUAGCCCCUCCAUACCUAUCUGACCUCAUCCAUAUUCCUACGCCUGUCCGCUCUCUUCGUUCCUCCUCCUCUGUCCUCCUCUCUGUCCCCCCUGCUCGCCUCGUCACCAUGGGAAAUAGAGCCUUCAGUCGCUCUGCUCCCCAGCUAUGGAACUCACUCCCCGCUGACCUUCGUAAUACAGCCUCAUUAACACAUUUCAAAUCCCGCCUCAAAACACAUCUGUUUCGACAAGCCUAUUCACUCAGACCAUAAAGCCAUUAUUUUAUUUAUUUAUUUUUGUUGUAUUUUUUCUUAUCUUAUUUGAUGUAGUUUUUAACAUUGUACUCGUGAUUUUAACUGCUUGUUGUAAGGUGUCCUUGAGUUUCUAGAAAGGCGCCCACAAAUAAAAUGUAUUAUUAUUAUUAUUA